AAAGACUGUGUAAGAGAGAGAGAGAGAGACGGCCUGAGAGUGAGAAACAGAAGAUGAGGCAGAAGACAGAGGAGGCUAAUUAAAAGGAGGAAAAAUGACAGGGGGAAACAGAGAGGGGGAGGGCUGAUCAGGGCUGGAAAGGAGGGUGAGAGCGUGAGGGAGUAAAAGAGAAGAAGAGCCAAACUGGCGAUUCUGCCAAAUUGCCUGACUUUGACUCUGGAGAGAGAGAGAGAGAGAGAGAGAGAGAGAGAGAGAGAGAGAGAGAGAGUGGUGCUUCUGUACAAAAGGGAUCAAGGGAAUGUGACUUGGCAAGUGCCAGAGCAUAGGGGUCUAUUGAAGAAGAAGACAAACGAGGACCAAGCUGAAACAGCAAGAGAACACUAAUAAAGAGUCUCCAAACAUAGACGUUUUAUUGCGGUGAGAGGGAAAAGGACAGAGACGGAGGAGAGAAAGAGAGAGAGAGAGAGAGACAGAGACAGAGAGAGGCGUGCUGCUACACCAGACUGUCUGAUUUACUUGCAGUUAUUUGAGGGUAGAAGAUCUGCUAAAAAUUUCCUCCAAAGGAUCCAGCGCUGUUCUGGUUCUUCAUCCUUACACCAAUUCACUUGGUCAGAAGAGAAGAGCUGCUAAGCCAUGAAGAGACCUCACGAUUACAGUUCUCCAGAUUCAGAUGCGGAUGAGCUGAUCGAUGUUGGGCAGGAGGACAGUUAUUGUUCUGUCACUGGGUCCAUGUCUCCCGGCAGUACAUCACAGAUCCUAGCCCGCAAGAAGAGAAGAGGGAUAAUUGAGAAGAGGCGCAGAGACAGGAUCAACCAUUGUCUGUCAGAGCUGAGGAGACUCGUGCCCAGUGCCUUUGAAAAACAAGGUUCAUCUAAACUUGAGAAAGCUGAGAUUCUUCAAAUGACAGUGGAUCAUCUCAAAUUGUUGCAUGCCAUGGGUUCAAAAGGUUAUUUCGAUGCUCGUGCACUGGCUGUAGACUACAGAACGUUGGGAUUUCGUGAGUGUGUGGGCGAGGUAGUGAGGUACCUCGGCUCUCUGGAGGGUGCAGAUUCUUUAGAUCCUAUUGGUGCCCGUUUGGUGUCCCACCUGAGUCAUUGUGCCAGUGAGCUUGACCCUCUGCAUCAGAGCCCAGCCACUUUGGCCUUUCCUCCUUGGCCUUGGGGCUCCUUCCCUCAGCUCAGUGCCUCCUCUAGCCCAGCUUCCUCUUCCCCCUUUCCUCCUGCCAACCGCCGACACAUGGCCCCUCAUGCUGCUGCGACUCUUCUGGCAUACCCCUCGCCAACCAUGUGUUUAGCGCCACUGGGAAACCAGAGGGCACUAUUGACCCCUGCAUUAUCUCCAGUGCACAGGAUGUCCUCUGUUUCAUCACACCCUCAUAGACUGGCACAUCCAUCCACAGAGAACUCAACUGUUCCCUCACCUUUGCAUUCUGUCCCAUCGCAUUCUCAUAACUCCUCCUCCCCUUCCUCUAAUUCCUCUUCGUCUUCCCCCUCCUCUUCAUCCGCUGGACAUCCUCAGGUUUCCUUCAGACCCUUCGUUGCUCUGAGAUCUCCAGCCCCACUGAUCAGGGUCAGCAAGUCUGCACACACUUGGGGAACAGAGAUCGGGGCCUUCUGAUUCAUCUAAUAUCGUGGACUUUUGACAAAUAUGCAACUCAUACCUUGUUGGGACAAAAGAGCUAUGAUAUCACGAGUAAUAUCCAUUUGGGUUAUAGUUAUUACAAAAUGUUAAGAAUGUAUCCUCUUAACGCUCCCUAUGUUGUUACUUAAAAACUAAACCCAAAUAGUAGCAAUCGAACAAUGCAAAUAGUGAUACAUCCACAUUAAAAAGCAAUUAUAUAUUAUUUAAAUGAAAAGACAAGUUUUAACUCCGUGAUAUUCUAGAUUUUUUUAAUGCAAGACUGGUGAAUGGACUGGUGAAAAUGGUGUCUUUCUCAAUAUAAACACAAAUUCCAUCAUCUCUACUGAUGUAUUUUUCUGUUUGUUUGCUUAUUUGUUUCCUCAGUCAUUUAAUUAUCUUUUCUCAGAUUCUCAUCUAUGUUAUCCAUUUGACAUGAAAUUGCUUGUGGACAUUUCAUAAAGAUAAAAGUGCCUUUUCAAAUCAGUGUGUUACAUUAUUUUUUUCUCUGGGUGCGUCAACCAACUCCCAAACAUUAGGUGGCAGCAAAGUAAUAGUUCAUGUAAAUGAAUUACAUGACAUCAGUCAGCUUGUAGUCAGCAUAUGCUGGAACAGAAGUUGAGUUACUGUAUGUGUCAGCAUUAGCUCAGUGUGUUUUUGGCAUUAAGCGUUACUCCGAGCUUGAUGUGGCUUUGGGAGGAUUACUUGCAGACCAGAAACCAUCCUUUGGUGUGCAAUAUAAUCAGUGUGCCACUUUGUGUUUUCCUGAGCCCUCUCAGAGAGGAUGAUGGGAAUGGUGGAGGGAGGAAGUGAAACGUGGUGGCGGUUAGCUGACUAUCUUUGCCAUCAAGAGUCAUCUGGUCAGAGCUGCAUCUCAUAUCACAUCCACUGUUUAUUGCUCAACAGUCUGUACACUGUAAUUUGGAUAAGUCUGCUGUCUCUCAAAAUUACACAUUUGUCCUCAUGCAUGCACGAGACUAAGCUACUAAUGACACAUUACUAACUUUGUCAACAAUGACCAUACAGAAAGCUUUCUAUAAACAUAGUCAUACACAAUCAGGAAAAGAUACCAUUUGCCAUAAGCAGGAUAAAGUGGUUACUGGAGAUCAGUGAAUUAAUGUCGAAACCUGGCAACCCUUCCCAUGCGUUUCUGCCAUUCUCUGACCUCCCCAUUAAAGUAAAAACCUUGCUCUCGUGAAAUUUUUUUUUUUUUUGUAUGCAUCCUAUGGGAUCCCAAUGCA